UCGCCUCCAGCUUCAAAAUGGCGGCGGCCAGUGAGGCGUCCUGCCGGCCGAUCGACAGGAGUGCUGCUGAGUGAACAUCAGCUUUUCUCCCCUCCGAACCUGGAUUCGACUAGGGGUUGGGAAGGGCAGUGGACGGCGUUGGGGGAGGCCUGACGAGAUUUAUAAAGAACUCCUCUGAAUUCAUGGUGUUUCAUUAUACAUACAACUGAGAUAUCAAACCUUUUAGUUUGUUACUACUGGACCAAAAAAAUGACAUCUAUUAUCAAAUUGACUACCCUCUCUGGGGUCCAAGAAGAAUCUGCUCUUUGCUAUCUUCUCCAAGUUGAUGAGUUUAGAUUUUUAUUGGACUGUGGCUGGGAUGAGCACUUUUCUAUGGAUAUUAUAGAUUCCCUGAGGAAACAUGUUCACCAGAUCGAUGCAGUGCUACUGUCUCACCCUGAUCCUCUCCAUCUCGGUGCCCUCCCAUAUGCUGUUGGGAAGUUGGGUCUGAACUGUGCCAUCUAUGCAACCAUUCCUGUCUAUAAAAUGGGACAGAUGUUCAUGUAUGAUCUUUAUCAGUCUCGACACAAUACAGAAGACUUUACACUCUUUACAUUAGAUGAUGUGGAUGCAGCCUUUGAUAAAAUACAGCAGCUAAAAUUCUCUCAGAUUGUGAAUUUGAAAGGUAAAGGACAUGGCUUGUCUAUCACACCUCUGCCAGCCGGUCAUAUGAUAGGUGGAACAAUAUGGAAAAUAGUCAAAGAUGGAGAAGAAGAAAUUGUUUAUGCAGUUGAUUUCAACCACAAGAGGGAGAUCCACUUAAAUGGAUGUUCCUUGGAAAUGUUAAGCAGACCUUCCCUGCUUAUCACAGAUUCAUUUAAUGCUACAUAUGUACAGCCUAGAAGAAAACAGAGAGAUGAGCAACUUCUGACAAAUGUCCUGGAAACACUUCGAGGUGAUGGAAAUGUAUUAAUAGCAGUGGACACAGCAGGCAGAGUUUUGGAACUUGCUCAACUUCUUGAUCAGAUUUGGAGAACUAAAGAUGCAGGAUUGGGUGUUUACUCAUUGGCUCUCCUAAAUAAUGUCAGUUAUAAUGUGGUGGAGUUUUCUAAGUCCCAGGUAGAAUGGAUGAGUGAUAAAUUGAUGAGAUGUUUUGAAGACAAAAGAAAUAAUCCAUUUCAGUUUCGCCAUCUCUCUUUAUGUCAUGGUCUUUCUGACUUGGCUCGAGUACCUAGCCCCAAAGUUGUACUUGCAAGCCAACCUGACCUGGAAUGUGGAUUUUCAAGGGAUCUCUUUAUUCAGUGGUGUCAGGACCCUAAAAACUCAAUCAUUCUAACUUACAGAACUACUCCUGGGACUUUAGCACGUUUCCUAAUUGAUAAUCCUUCUGAAAAAAUUACGGAAAUAGAGUUGAGGAAACGUGUGAAGCUUGAAGGGAAAGAACUUGAGGAAUACUUGGAAAAAGAAAAACUAAAGAAAGAAGCUGCUAAAAAACUUGAGCAGUCAAAAGAGGCAGAUAUAGAUUCCAGUGAUGAGAGCGACAUUGAGGAAGAUAUUGACCAGCCAUCAGCUCAUAAGACAAAGCAUGACCUGAUGAUGAAAGGUGAAGGUAGUAGGAAAGGAAGUUUCUUCAAACAGGCAAAAAAGUCUUAUCCUAUGUUUCCUGCCCCAGAAGAAAGAAUUAAAUGGGAUGAAUAUGGAGAGAUUAUCAAACCAGAGGAUUUCUUAGUGCCAGAACUUCAAGCUACUGAAGAAGAAAAAAGCAAAUUAGAAUCUGGUUUGACAAAUGGAGAUGAACCCAUGGAUCAGGAUUUAUCUGACGUUCCUACUAAAUGCAUUUCUACAACAGAGUCUAUUGAAAUAAAAGCCAGGGUUACUUACAUAGACUAUGAAGGACGCUCUGAUGGGGAUUCCAUUAAAAAAAUCAUUAAUCAGAUGAAACCACGACAAUUGAUCAUUGUCCAUGGCCCACCAGAGGCCAGUCAAGAUCUGGCAGAGUGCUGCCGUGCAUUCGGUGGAAAAGAUAUUAAAGUGUACAUGCCAAAGCUACACGAAACAGUUGAUGCCACUAGUGAAACACACAUCUACCAGGUGAGAUUAAAAGACUCUCUUGUCAGCUCCCUUCAGUUUUGUAAGGCAAAAGAUGCUGAAUUAGCUUGGAUAGAUGGUGUCUUAGACAUGAGAGUUUCCAAAGUGGACACAGGCGUUAUUUUAGAAGAAGGAGAACUGAAGGAUGAUGCAGAAGACUCAGAAAUGCAAGUAGAUGCCCCUUCAGAUUCUAGCGUUAUAGCACAACAAAAGGCCAUGAAAAGUCUGUUUGGAGAUGAUGAGAAAGAAACAGGUGAAGAAAGUGAAAUCAUUCCGACUUUGGAACCCUUGCCACCUCAUGAGGUUCCUGGACAUCAGUCAGUUUUUAUGAAUGAACCAAGACUAUCAGACUUCAAGCAAGUUCUUUUACGGGAGGGGAUUCAAGCUGAAUUUGUAGGAGGCGUGCUUGUUUGCAACAAUCAAGUAGCAGUCCGUAGAACGGAAACUGGACGCAUCGGAUUAGAAGGCUGCCUUUGUCAAGAUUUUUAUAGGAUAAGAGACCUUUUAUAUGAACAAUAUGCCAUUGUGUAAAGGACGUGAUGUCAAAAAGUAUCUGCUUGACCUUUCUAAGAAAAAAGGAUUCUUACCUUAUUCUAAGCUUUUACUGUUUUGUUUUGUAACAUACGAAAAGAAUCUGCCAGAAAAACUUACAUGUGUUAGAUUUUUAAAAUGUAAAUAUUAAUAGAGAACAUUUUGCUAAUGCUCAAAUGAGCAUUAUAUAGCUUUUGGCUUUCAGAGUGAUAGCGCUCCUAGCAAGUGUACAGGCUCAAGAGUUGAAGGUGAUUGGUUUCCUUUACAGACCCCUUAUUCUAGAAGGGCUUUUUACUUGAAUAAAACAAUGCAACUUAGCAAACCAGUUCAUGGCCUUAGAGAAAUAUGUUUGCAUGAGUUUUUGCAAACUGUUUCUUAUAUAUUCUGGAACGAAAAGUAAGAAUUAUUUAGAAAAAUCAUGCUACAAAAAAACAGAUACAACAGUUUUUUGACACUUAUUUUAAAAAACAACAAAAAAAAUACAUGCUGUGACUGUUCUAAUUUGAAUAUGCAAUUGUUUUGACAUGGAGCACAGGUGCUCCAUGCUUGUAUUUCCUAAUGAUUCACUCUAGAGUAAGGUAGUACACAUUUGGUUCAGAAAUCAAUUUUUCUUUCUCCUAUUUCUUUUAUUAUGAUUUUGUUAUUUUUCAGUUUGAAUUAUGAUAUCAUCAUUUGAAUGUACAUAAUUCAAAAGAACUCCAUGAUGUGUUAAAGUCUUAAGGGCUCUGCAUAGCAUACAUUUUAGACACAUCUUAACCAUCAGCUAGGUUACUGUAUUGGAAACUGUUUAGUGCUCAGUUUUUAAGACUGCAAAUGUUGAACCUCACAUUUUUUAUAAGGUAACAGUAUAAUUUAAUUAACAGGUGUAAAUGUUUUCAUCUCUUAGGCUUGUGCUCUCUUAAGGUUACCCAAGUAGUAAUUGGAUUUUAUACAUAUUACUACAAAAAUAAUGCUGAAGUUGGAUAAGGUUA